CGUACAGCACACACUCGCGUCUGCAAGAAACAAAAUCCCAAAAAACCAAACAAUGGCAUUCUUCAAAUCCCUGAUCUGCCUGGCCGUCCUGAGCGCCGCCUCCGCCGGAGUCCUCCACGGACAUGGUGCUGGUCUCUACGCCGCCGCCCCGGCCAUCUAUGCCGGCCAUGGUCACCACGACGAGGGAAUCGAUUACCAUGCCUACCCCAAGUACCACUACAACUACGGAGUGGCUGACUCCCACACCGGAGACGUGAAGUCGCAGCACGAGGUGCGCGAUGGCGAUGUCGUGAAGGGAUCCUACUCCCUGGUGGAGCCCGAUGGUUCGGUGCGCACCGUGGAGUACACCGCCGAUGACCACAACGGCUUCAACGCCGUCGUCCACAAGACCGGCCCCACUGUGCACCACGCUGCUCCCGCUGUCGUCGCCCACGCCGCUCCCGCCGUGGUCCAUGCUGCUCCGGCCUAUGCCCCAGCCAUUGCCCACCAUGUGGCCGCCGCUCCCGCCGUGCCCUACGCCGGAUCCCUGGCGCACCAGGUGCCCGCCUACGGAUACGCCACCCACAACGCCCACGCGCAUGUGGCCCACUACUAAGGAUGUGGAGCAGCCCGCUGGAUGCACCACCUGAAGCACCACCUGCACCGCCAACACCACUCUUCUGUAAUUUAUUAAGCACGUUGACGACCUCACAAAACGGAUGAUCGAUCCACUGACGAAGCCUGCUAAAAUACUCAGUACCACAGUCAUGUCCAUCAUGUCCUGUCGGGGAUUCCCCGGAUUUCCCCCGGCAGCAUCUGUCUCCCUUCCACACACACACACACACAUUGCCGUCUCUGUCUCAGCUUUCGCGCAAUUCUCUCUUUUGUUUGUUAACCAACC